AUGGCUGACCCAGGGACCCCACACUCAGACCGUUCAUCUUCCAGCAUGUCCAAGCAGUCCAUUUCAGGGGAAGGUCACUCCAAGAGCAAACACACAUCCUCCACACCGGCCCCCAGUGACUUAUCUCUCGAAGUGCCAGAGAUUGCAGGUAUGAAAGAAAAAUAAAUAAGCCAAAAAACUGGAUUAGUAAAUGAAGCAGAUUCCUACACCAAACGGCUGAAAGAAACAUUUAAAAAGCACUUAGCGCUGAGUGGUAUAUCAAAGGAGUCAUGGACAGAUGAAAAUGAGCGAGCCUUGGAUAAAUUCAUCUCAGACCCUUCCAUCAGGCUUCUCAUUGUCUACCAUGACCCUUUCACCAGCCCACGCGUGGACUACGCCAUGCCAGCUCAGGUCGUGGAGCAGAUGUCCUACUUCAUUCGAGCAGAGGACAGUGUAAUCACAGAGGAAAGUUUUGAAAGCUCUGUGCAGUUUGGAUCCAUAAAAGGAGGGGCUAUAGAGGGUCUCCUCAGGUUCAUGAAUGGUAUUCAUGCCCCUCAGGUCACGCUCAGCACCACCUGGCCGGAGAGCACCAAAAACUUCUAUACUGAAAACUUGCACCGCUUCAUUACCAACAUUACAGACAGCAGAUUUAAAUUGCUGGGAAGCACAGUGCUGUACGUUCCUCUGGAGGCUCUGCAGCACCGCCCAGAGGAAGUCAUCCAGAACAAGAAUCUAGUACACAGGCUGGAAAUGGUGAUAAUCCACUGGACACGUCAAAUAAAGGAGGUAUUGAGUGCUCAGGAGAUUGGAGAGAUGGGGGACAGCUCGGGCCCUCUGGAGGAGAUCUCUUUCUGGAAGAGCCGCUUUGCCGAUCUAGCCAACAUCAGUCAGCAGUUGCAGAAACCAGGAGUCCGUCACAUGCUGAAAAUUUUGCAGCUCUGCUCGCCUUUCUACACUUCACAGUUCAGUGAACUAGCCAAGCACAUCCAGGAUUUUUCUUUGCAAGCCCAGUCGAACAUCUCCUUCCUGUCCCUGCUGAAAGAGCCAUGUGAGGAGCUCGCUCAGCUCAAACCUUGUGAGAUUGCACCCAAACUCCCUCACAUCAUCAAACUCAUUCGUGUGAUAUGGGUCAACUCCAGCUACUACAAUACCCGUGAAAGGAUCACUGCGCUGUUUGGCAAGAUGAGUAAUGAGAUCAUUCGUCUGUGCCGUAGAGAGAUCUCUCUGGACAGGAUUUUCCAGGGUUACGUGAUCUCCAGCAAACAGAUUCUGAAUGAGUGUAUCCAGUGCUGUCUGGCAUGGAAAGAGAUCUACCUGCACACCUCCCAGCUCCACCACAAGCAUUCUUCCCAAGGUUGGUUGCUCAGUGAGACCAGCAUAUUUGCUCUUGUGGAGGCCUUUGUGCAGAGAUGCAAAGAUCUGAUAGAGGUGUGUGAGUGCCAGCAGCAGUUUGCUCGCCGUGAGGAGGGCGAGCAGGCACAGUUGCCUUGCUUUGCUGGGCGUCAGGGGUUGGAGGUCACUCAGAACCUGUUGAACAUAGAGGCAACCUUUGAAAAGAACCUGCAGGUCCUGGGCUCUGUUAAGGACAUCCUGGACGUCAGAAACACAUCUUGGCAUGAUGGCUACACCAGAUUCCGCUCCGAAGUAAAAGAUCUGGAGGUGAUGAUGCAGAAUUUGAUCAGCUCGGCCUUUGAGACGGUGAAAAGCGUAGAAGAAGGAGUCCAGCUGCUCGACGUGUUUAAGCACCUGUCUGAACGAGAGGCCAUUAAGAGGACCAUUGACACGAAGAUGGUUGAUGUAUACAAUCUGUUUAAUGAUGAGCUGAGUCUGGUAAAUAAAGUGUUGUGCAGGAUAUCAUCUCUCACUCCUGCCGAAAUGCCUCAAUAUGCAGGACAGGCCCAUCUGGCUCGCGCACUCAACACGCAGAUAGAAAGACCCAUGGAGGUUCUCCAGAACGCGAAUUUCUUGCCUGAUGUCAGUGGUAAAGAGGGCGUGCACGUGGCUUACGCUCAGCUGUGUCGGAAUCUGGAUGAAAAGGUCAGGAGGAUUUUCACAGACUGGAGUCAGAGUCUGGAUAGACAGUGUCUCGGCGGCCUCAACCAACCACUCAUGAUCCGCUGUCAGGAGAAGACAGGCCUGCUGGAUGUCAACUUUAACAAGAACCUGUUAAAGAUGAUUAACGAGAUUCAUUACUGGGAUCGGCUGCAGUUUGAGAUCCCUCACUAUGUCACAGAGGUGCAUCAGCGCAGAGAGGAACUUCUUAACCUGAAAGAAAAUGUUCUGCUACUGGUCAAAGACUAUAACAGAAUCAUCACGGCCCUAAAUGCAGAAGAGAUGGGACUGUUUUCGGAGAGGAUCCGCUUCUUGAAUAAGAAAUUCCAGCCAGGCCUGACAAAACUGCACUGGUCUACAAAAGGAACUGCCAACGUCUUUAUUAAUGACUGCAGAGUGCAUGCCAACAAGGUGCAGUUAAUGGUAGAUGAGUAUAAAGUAGCUAACCUGGCAGUGUCCAAGUUCUGUGCGGAGAUCAGUGAUUUGCUUUUGGUUCGUGUGGAUGGCAAGAUUGUCUACGGAGACCUGGAAUUCCAGGAGGAUCAGAAGAAGCAUCAGCACAGCCAGCUGCUCCGGCUGCAGGCUGCUCACCAGGAAAUGGUCAACAUCCUGGCCAAAGUCUAUGUGACUUUCCAGACAGAUGGCACGGAGGUGCAACAGCACUGGGUGUCAUACAUUGAGAAGGUAGAUUGCAUGGUACAGGAGGCGUUUCGUACAAAUGUAAAGCGCUCUCUGCAGGACCUCUCUAAAGCCAUCAAUGGAGAUGGCAAGACUCCCCCAAACCCUUUAUUCAGAGUAGAAGUGGUGCUGAAACAACGCACACCUGGAUCUACUGCUCAGGUGGAUUUUUCUCCAUCUCUCCCAAAACUGGCCCAAAUGGUGAACAGCAUUAGCGCUCAGCUCAUCCACACCAUCUCUGGUUUCAAACGUCUGCCGGAACUUCUGACCAAUCAGAACUUGCAAAAGAAGCCCAUUCACAGGAUCAUCGAGCAAGAUGAAGAGAUCUGUAAAAUCCAGGCAGCCAUAGCUGCUGGUAUGGUGACCAAUGCAUCUCACCUGCAGGCCUACCUGAAGACCUGGGACAAACACAGAGAGAUUUGGGAAAUUGAGAAAGCCAGCUUUAUCCAACGUUACAAGCGGCUCAACCCUGCAGUGUCAGGGUUUGACGCAGACAUAGGAAGAUACACAGAAGUGGCAAAUAACGUCCAGAAGGAAGAGACGGUGUUAAGUUUGCAGUGUGUGUUGCUGGACUGUUCGCCAGUCAAAUUUUCUCUGUUGCAGCAUUGUAACGAGUGGCAGAGCAAGUUCACACAGCUGCUCAGCCUUAUGGCCACUGAAAAACUCAAAGAACUGCACAGCUUCCUGCAGGAGAACGCUCUCAGGAUAUCUCGGCCUCCUCAGACUCUGGCAGAGUUGGUAGAUAGUCUUACACUGUUGGAAACUCUGCAGGCAGAUCUGAGUAAGAUUGAAAAUCAAAUUUCUCCCAUCGAUGACCAGUUUGUCAUCCUUAAGAAGUAUGAGGUUACCAUCGACUCUGCUGUGUUGGAGUUGCUGGAGGCUCUCAAUGGAGAGUGGGUGUGGUUUCAGCAGGUCGUGAUUGACAGUGACAUCAUGUUGAAGAAACACAAAGAGAUGAUGAAGAGCGGUUUGAUCCUCUCCUCCGAGGAGUUUAAGAAGAAGACACAGGCAGCCCUAGAGAGCUUCAGCACCAUAGGUCCAUUUAGCAGUGGGGUGACCCCAGAUUCUGCACUGGAGCAGGUGUCUGCGUUGCGUGCCCAGUUGGAUGCUCUUAUAGAAGAGGAGGGAAGCAUAAACCACGGUCUCUCUAUCUUCAAGAUUGAACAGACAUCCUCCAAAGACAUCUUGACUCUAGAGAAGGAUCUGGAUUACCUGCAGCAGUUGUGGGUGAUCUCACAGCAGUGGGAGGCUAUGUGGAACGAAUGGAAGGGGGGUCAGUUGGCCACUCUACAGACCGAGGUCAUGGAGAACACCGCCCAGACCAUGUUCAAUAGACUCCACAAACUCAGCAGGGAGCUCAAGGACAAGCAGUGGCAGAUUGUGGACUUCUCUAAGAGCCGGAUCAAGCACUUUAAGAAAAUCGUCCCACUGAUCACAGACCUCAGGAAUCCAGCCAUGAGAGAGAGACACUGGGAUCAAAUAAGGCAAGAAGUGCAGCAACCAUUUGACCCGGACAGUGCAGACUUCACUCUUGAGAAGAUUGUGUCUUUGGGUCUGGACCACCAUGCUGAACGCAUCAAUGACAUAUCAGGAGCUGCCAGCAAAGAGCUCUCCAUAGAACAGGCACUGGAAGGCAUUGUGAAGACAUGGGAGGUAACGUCUCUGGACAUCAUAGCCUACAAAGACAAGGGUCACCACAGACUAAGGGGAACCGAGGAAGUGUUUCAAACUCUGGAGGAUAACCAGGUGACCCUCUCUGUAAUGAAAGCAUCCCGUUUUGUCAAAGCAUUUGAAAAGGAAGUCGACCACUGGGAACGCUGCCUGUCUCUGGUGCUGGAAGUCAUUGAAAUGAUCCUCACCGUACAAAGACAGUGGAUGUAUCUGGAGAACAUAUUUCAGGCCGAGGACAUACACAAGCAGUUGCCGCGUGAGACGGCCGAAUUUGAUGACGUCAACUCCAGUUGGAAGAACAUCAUGGACCGACUCAACAAGGACAAAAAUGCUUUGAAGGGAACACACCACCCAGGACUUUUAGAAAAGCUCUCAGACAUGAACACUAAGUUAGAGGAGAUUCAGAAGUCUCUUGACAUGUACCUUGAGACAAAAAGACAAGUCUUUCCCCGAUUCUACUUUUUGUCUAACGAUGACCUGCUGGAGAUUCUGGGCCAGACCCGCAACCCAGACGCAGUACAGCCACACCUGAAAAAGUGCUUUGACAACAUUAAAAGUCUCCGCAUUAACAAGAUUGGGAUCAACAACAACAAGUCGGAAGCAAGUGGGAUGUUUUCAGCUGAUGGGGAAUUUGUGGACUUCACUCAUCCUGUUCUUCUAGAGGGGCCAGUGGAGGCCUGGUUGUGUGAUGUUGAACGGACCAUGCGCUAUACUCUGAAGGACUGUCUGAAGAACUGUUGCUUGGCUCUCAAAAAGAGUGCUGGGAAAAGGGGCAAAUGGGUGCGCGACUGGCCAGGACAGAUGGUGAUCACAGCUAGUCAAAUCCAGUGGACUGCAGAUGUCACCCGAGCUCUCAUUACCUGCAAAGAGACAACAGAUAAAGCUGCCCUCAAGUCACUGAAAAAGAAACAGGUGUCCAUGCUCAAUCAGUACUCUGAAGCCAUCAGGGGGAGUUUAUCAAAGAUCCUGCGCUUGAAGAUCGUCGCCUUGGUCACCAUAGAAGUCCAUGCCCGUGAUGUCAUCAGCAAACUGGCCAAGGCUGGCUGCUGUGAUGUCAACGCCUUUGACUGGCUCUGCCAACUCCGACUGUACUGGGACAAGGAUGUGGAUGACUGCAUCAUCAAACAGACCAACACACACUUCCGCUAUGGCUAUGAGUACCUGGGAAAUUCUGGCCGCCUGGUCAUUACCCCUCUCACAGACAGGUGCUAUAUGACUCUAACCACAGCGCUGCAUCUACAUCGGGGUGGUUCUCCUAAAGGUCCCGCUGGCACUGGGAAGACAGAAACCGUGAAAGAUCUGGGCAAGGCUCUGGGCAUGUAUGUGAUAGUGGUCAACUGCUCAGAAGGCCUGGAUUUCAAAUCAAUGGGCCGCAUGUACUCCGGUCUCGCUCAGACAGGUGCAUGGGGUUGUUUCGACGAGUUUAACCGUAUAAACAUUGAGGUGCUAUCUGUGGUGGCCCAGCAGAUCCUAUCCAUCCUGUCUGCUCUUUCUGCAGGGCUCAAGAAAUUCAUCUUUGAAGGAAAGCAGAUCAGCUUAAUGUGGUCUUGUGGAAUCUUCAUCACCAUGAACCCAGGCUACGCUGGCCGCACGGAGUUGCCUGAUAAUCUGAAGUCUAUGUUUCGGCCGAUCUCUAUGGUAGUGCCAGAUUCCACCCUUAUAGCUGAAAUUACUCUCUUUGCAGAGGGUUUCAGUAACUGCAAGGUGUUGGCUAAAAAGGUCUUCACUCUGUAUUCUCUAGCAGUGCAGCAGUUGUCUAAACAGGAUCACUAUGACUUUGGCCUGAGAGCUCUCACCUCUCUGCUACGCUACGCUGGAAAGAAGCGCAGAGAUCGGCCAGACAUCGCAGAUGAGGAGAUAUUGCUGAUGUCUAUGAAAGACAUGAACAUCGCUAAGCUGGCCUCUGUCGAUCUGCCACUGUUUAAUGGGAUCAUACAGGAUCUUUUCCCUGCAGUGGAGACACCUACUAUUGACUAUGGAAAGCUGAAACAGGUUAUAGAGGCAGAACUUCGUCAAAAUGGUCUCCAGGUGACCCCCUUCACCGUGACGAAAGUAAUUCAACUGUACGAAACCAAAAAUUCAAGACACUCCACUAUGAUCGUGGGAAAGACGGGCAGCGGCAAGACAGUCACGUGGAGAACCCUUCAGAACGCCCUCAGCAACCUGCACCACAAAGGAGAACCGGGCUUCAACCUCAUACGUGAGUGUCCCCUAAACCCCAAGGCGGUCAGCCUGGGUGAGCUGUACGGAGAAUACAACCUUUCCACCAACGAGUGGACGGACGGUGUCCUCUCAUCCCUUAUGAGGGUGGCCUGCGCAGAUGGAAAGCCUGAUGAGAAGUGGAUUGUGUUUGACGGGCCAGUGGACACGCUGUGGAUCGAGAGCAUGAACUCCGUAAUGGACGACAACAAAGUCCUCACACUCAUCAAUGGAGAGCGAAUCUCCAUGCCUGAACAGGUGUCAUUAUUAUUCGAAGUGGAGGAUUUAGCUGUGGCGUCCCCUGCUACCGUGUCCCGCUGUGGUAUGGUUUACAACGACUACUCCGAUUUAAGCUGGAAGCCCUCUGUUCAGUCCUGGAUGGAUAAACGGCAGAAGAUUGAAAUGGAUCAUCUAAAGCAGCUUUUUGAGAGGUACAUGGAGAAGACCCUGACUUUUAAAAAGGCCCACUGUAAGGAGCUUGUGACCAUCACAGAACUGAACGGAGUGGCAUCGCUCUGUAGACUCUACGACUCACUGGCUACUCCAGAGAAUGGGGUAAACCCAGCGGACUCUGAACACUUUGGCCGUAUGGUGGAGCUCUGGUUCAUCUUUAGUCUCAUAUGGUCUGUGUGCGCUUCCGUAGAUGAGGAUGGACGCAAGAAGAUUGACACCUUCCUACGUGAACUAGAAGGAACAUUCCCUAAUAAGGACACCGUCUACGAGUACUAUGUGGACACCAAAAACAAAACAUGGGCGUCGUUUGAGGAAAAGCUGCCCAAGGGCUGGCGCUACACUUCCAAUGCUCCGUUCUAUAAGAUCGUGGUCCCCACAGUGGACACGGUGCGCUAUCAUUAUCUGGUCAAGGCUCUGGUGAAUGCUCAGCACCCUGUGCUGCUGACAGGUCCAGUGGGAACAGGAAAGACUUCAGUGGCCCAAAGUGUCCUGCAGAACCUGGACGCAGUCACUUGGGCUACGCUCACCAUCAACAUGUCCUCACAGACUAGUUCUAAUAACGUACAGGAGAUCAUCGAGUCUCGAGUAGAGAAGAGGAUUAAAGGUGUAUAUGUGCCGGUUGGUGGAAAGAGGAUGCUUGUAUUCCUGGAUGAUCUCAACAUGCCCGCUAUGGACGACUUUGGCUCCCAGCCUCCACUGGAGCUGCUCCGGCUCUGGAUUGAUUACGGAUUCUGGUACGACCGCCAGAAACAGAUCGUCAAAUCUAUUAAAGACAUUUUUCUCCUGGCCGCAAUGGGGCCCCCUGGUGGAGGGAGGACUCGCGUAUCUGGACGCCUGCAGAGCCGCUUUAAUCUCAUCAACAUGACAUUUCCAACAGAGUCUCAGAUCUCACGCAUCUAUGGCACCAUGAUCAGUCAGAAGCUGCAGGAGUUUGAUGAGGAGGUGAAGCCCAUUGGUGGGGUUUUGACCCAGGCCACUAUAGAUCUGUACCACACCAUCACUGCCCGUUUCUUACCCACACCCGCAAAGAUACACUAUCUUUUCAACCUCAGGGACAUCUCUAAGGUAUGCCAAGGUUUAUUACGAGCACACAGAGACUUCCACGACACCAAGCAGAGCAUCACACGCCUUUGGAUUCACGAGUGCUUCAGAGUCUUCUCUGACCGAUUGGUGGAUAAUGAAGAUAUGGAGACAUUUCUGGGACUUUUGUCAGAAAAACUGGCUUCACACUUUGAUGUUCCUUACCACACCAUCUGCCCCAACAAACAACCACCCAUUUUUGGGGACUUCCUGAGGGAGCCACAUGUGUAUGAGGACCUAAUGGACUUUAAGGCUCUCAAGGCGUAUAUGGAGAUUCAGCUGGAGGACUAUAACCUCACACCUGGUGUGGUUCCCAUGAACCUGGUGCUCUUUAGAGAUGCAAUAGAGCACGUAUCGCGGGUGGUACGUGUGAUCAGUCAGCUCAGAGGAAACAUGUUGCUGGUUGGCAUCGGAGGCUCAGGCAGGCAGAGUUUAACUAGGCUUGCUGCCUUCAUCUGCAAGUUUACAGUCUUCCAGGUGGAGGUCACCAAACAGUACCGCAAACAAGAGUUCAGAGAAGAUAUUAAAAAGCUCUAUCGAUUGACCGGAGUGGAAAACAAGCCAACUGUGUUCCUAUUUAAUGACACACAGAUCGUAGAUGAGUCCUUUCUUGAAGAUAUCAACAACAUCCUGAGCUCAGGAGAAGUGCCCAAUCUUUAUAAACCAGAUGAACUUGAUGAGAUCCAGAACGCUCUCUCAGACUCUGCCAGGAAGGACAAUAUCCUGGAGACUCCAGACGCCAUGUUUAACUACCUGAUUGAGCGAGUUCGAAACAACCUGCACAUUGUGCUGUGCAUGAGCCCUGUGGGAGAUACAUUCAGGAAUCGUAUUCGGCAGUACCCAGCACUGGUGAACUGCACCACUAUAGACUGGUUCUGCGAAUGGCCACGUGAUGCUCUGUUGGAAGUGGCAGAGAGAUGCUUGGAUGGCAUUUCUCUGGGGAACGAAGACAAGAUCCAGACUAACAUCGCAAGUAUCUUUGUGAUCGUGCAUCAAUCUGUGGCCCAGUUCUCUCAAAGGAUGAAAGUAGAACUGAAGAGACACAAUUACGUCACCCCCACCAACUACCUGGAGCUGGUAUCUGGAUACAAGAAGUUGUUGUCUGAGAAGCGCGCUGAGCUUGGAGAGCAGGUGUCUAAGCUGAGGAAUGGUUUGUUUAAGAUCGACGACACGCGUAGUAAGGUGGAGGCCAUGUCCGUAGAGCUGGAAGAUUCCAAGAAGAAAGUGGCCGAGUUCCAGAAACAGUGUGAGGAAUAUCUGGUUGUCAUUGUUCAGCAGAAGAGAGAGGCGGAUGAACAGCAGAAGGCGGUGGGCGCUCACAGUGAGAAAAUAGAAGCAGAGGAAAUCAAAUGUAAGGCCAUGGCAGAGAACGCUCAGCGAGACCUGGAUGAAGCUCUACCUGCUUUAGAGGAAGCAAUGAAGGCUCUGGAGUCUCUGAAUAAGAAAGACAUGACAGAGAUCAAGUCUUACGGCAGACCUCCAGCUCUGGUGGAAACUGUCAUGCAGGCUGUAAUGAUCCUCCGAGGAUGUGAACCAACCUGGGCAGAGGCCAAAAGACAACUGGGAGAGGGCAACUUCAUUAAGCAGUUGGUGAAUUUUGAUAAGGACAACAUCUCUGAUCGUAUGUUGAAGACCAUUGGACAGUACUGCACGCAGCCCGACUUCCAGCCCGAGAUCAUUGGACGGGUCUCGCUUGCUGCAAAGUCCCUCUGCAUGUGGGUCAGGGCCAUGGAGGUUUACGGUCGAAUCUACAGGGUGGUGGAGCCAAAGAGAGCCAGGUUGCAUACAGCAACGACGCAGCUGGCCGAUAAACAGGCCGCACUGGCUGAGGCUCAGGGCAAACUGAGAGAGGUCGGUGAGAAGCUGGAUCAUCUAAAGGGACAGUAUGAUGAAAAGCUGGCCCAGAAAGAGGAGCUACGCAGGAAAUCAGAGGAUAUGGAGCUCAAACUGGACAGAGCCGGAAAGCUGGUGUCUGGACUGGCAGGAGAGAGAGUCCGUUGGGAAGAGACAGUAGCUGGUCUGGAGAUGAACAUGUCCUGUCUGGUUGGAGACUGCCUGCUGGCUGCCGCCUUUCUGUCUUACAUGGGCCCUUUCCUGUCUAACUAUAGAGAUGAGCUGGUCACUGAUAUCUGGAUGAAACAGGUCCGACAAUUGGAGGUGCCGUGCUCUCCAGGGUUCAGUUUCGCAGCCUUCCUGUCUAAACCCACAGCAGUGCGUGAAUGGAACAUCCAAGGUCUCCCGUCAGACGCCUUCUCCACAGAGAACGGAGUCAUCGUCACCCGUGGCAACCGAUGGCCACUAAUGGUGGACCCUCAAGGACAAGCGCAAAAGUGGAUUAAGAACAUGGAGCUUAAAAGAGGGUUGAAGGUCAUCGACCUGCAGAUGCCUGAUUUUUUGCGCAUCCUGGAAAAUGCGGUGCAGUUUGGUUACCCAGUUCUCCUGCAGAACAUCCAAGAGGAACUGGAUCCAGCACUGGCCCCAAUUCUCAAUAAGUCCCUCACACGAGUUGGUGGACGGUUCUUGAUAAAACUAGGAGAUAAAGAGCUGGAAUACAGUCCUGAAUUCCGCUUCUACAUGACAACCAAACUGUCCAAUCCACAUUACACCCCUGAGAUCUCCUCUAAAACCACCAUUGUCAACUUUGCUGUUAAAGAACAGGGUCUGGAGGCCCAGCUGUUGGGGAUUGUGGUGAGAAAGGAGCGUCCUGAGCUAGAGGAGCAGAAGGACUCUCUAGUGAUCAACAUCGCCUCAGGCAGGAGGAAACUACAAGAGCUGGAGGACGAGAUCUUGCGGUUGCUGAACGAGGCAACCGGUUCUCUACUGGAUGACGUUCAGUUAGUGAACACCCUGCAGACCUCCAAAGUCACGGCCACCGAGGUCGCAGAACAACUGGAGAUCAGCGAACUGACCGAGAGCCAAAUCGAUACUGCAAGAGAGGCCUACCGCCCAUGUGCCCAGAGGGCGUCCAUCUUGUUCUUUGUGCUGAAUGAUUUGGGCUGUAUAGAUCCUAUGUAUCAGUUCUCUCUGGACGCCUACAUCACCCUGUUCAACCAGAGUAUAGAGAGCAGCCCCCGCAGCCACAAACUGGAGGAGAGGAUAAACAACCUUAACAGACAUCACACUUAUGCUGUCUACAGAUACACUUGUCGAGGACUGUUUGAGUGUCACAAGCUUCUGUUCAGUUUCCACAUGUGUGCCAAGAUCCUGGAGGCGACCGGCAAACUCAACAUGGACGAAUACAGCUUCUUUCUCCGCGGUGGACUGGUCUUGGAUAAGGAGGAACAGAUGGAUAACCCCUGCUCUAGCUGGCUGUCUGACUCUAACUGGGACAACAUAACAGAACUGGAUAAACUGACUAAUUUUCAUGGGCUCAUGACCUCGUUCGAGCAGUACCCUCGAGACUGGCAUCUCUGGUACACAAAUCCAGAACCAGAGAAAGCAGCAUUACCUGGAGAAUGGGAAAACAGCUGUAAUGAGAUGCAGAGGAUGCUGAUUGUACGCUCUCUCCGACAGGAUCGCAUUUCUUUCUGCGUCACAAGCUUCAUCAUCAAAAACCUAGGCUCUCAGUUCGUCGAACCGCCCAUCCUCGAUAUGAAGGCCGUUUUAGCAGACAGCACCACAAGGACUCCUCUGAUCUUUGUUUUGUCUCCUGGUGUUGACCCAACGGCAGCCCUGGUCCAGCUGGCAGAGACGUCAGGCAUGGGUCAACGCUUCUUUGCCCUCUCACUGGGUCAGGGCCAGGCGCCUAUUGCAACUCGUCUGAUCAAAGAGGGAGUCAAGAAUGGUCACUGGGUAUUCCUGGCUAACUGUCAUCUAUCUCUCUCUUGGAUGUGUGAGCUGGAUAAACUGGUGGAUGAGUUACAGGUCCAAGAAUCUCAUCCAGAUUUCCGUCUGUGGCUGAGCUCCUCCCCUCACCCAGAAUUCCCUAUUGCCAUCCUGCAGACGGGCAUCAAAAUCACCACAGAGCCACCCAGGGGGGUGAAGUGGAAUAUGAAGCGUCUCUAUCAGCUGGUGUCUGAGACUCAGUUCGCACGCUGCUCGAGGCCUCUGCUGUACCGUAAGCUGCUCUUCUCUCUUUGCUUCUUCCACAGUGUCAUACUUGAGAGGAGGAAGUUCCUACAGCUCGGCUGGAACAUCGUCUACAGCUUCAAUGACUCGGACUUUGAGGUGAGCGAAAGUCUUUUGAGUCUCUAUCUGAAUGAGUAUGAGGAAAUCCCUUGGGAUGCUCUAAAAUUCCUGAUCGCUGGGAUCAACUAUGGUGGUCAUGUGACUGACGACUGGGAUCGGCGUCUGCUUACCACCUACAUCAACCACUACUUCUGUCCUGCUGUUAUAGAUGCGCCAUUUUAUAAGCUGUCCUCACUUCCCUCUUACUAUGUUCCUCGUGAUGGACCUCAGUCCUCAUAUGUGGAGUGCAUUGGUCAGUUGCCGGCUCAGGAGCACCCAGAACUGUUUGGACAACACCCCAAUGCUGACAUCGCCAGCCAGAUCACAGAGACUCGAACCCUCUUUCAAACGCUGUUGUCUUUACAACCACAAGUCACAAGCACCGACUCCACCAACACUGCAAGCAGCAGGGAAAACAAGGUAUUGGAGCUCUCGGCUGAUGUGCUUCAAAAGAUUCCUGCUCAGAUAGAUUAUGAAGGUACCAGGAAGUUGCUGAAAAAUGACCUUUCACCUCUUAAUGUAGUAUUACUGCAAGAGAUCCAGAGAUACAACACUCUGCUACACACCAUCAGAUCAUCUCUUUUAGAGUUGGCGAAAGGCAUUAAAGGUCUGGUUGUUAUGUCCAGCAGUCUAGAGGAGAUAUUUCAAUGUAUCCAUGAUGCUCGUGUGCCACCUCUCUGGGAGAAGGCUUACCCAUCACUGAAGCCGUUGGCAUCUUGGACGCGGGACUUGUGCCAGCGCGUGGAUCAGUUCGCUCGUUGGGCAGAGACGGCUCACCCUCCUGUCCUCUUCUGGCUUUCUGGAUUCACUUUCCCCACGGGCUUCCUCACCGCGGUGUUACAGAGCUCGGCACGCCAGCACAAUGUAUCUGUAGACACGCUUUCCUGGGAGUUCACUGUCACCACAGUAGAUGACAACAAUCUGCUUAUCCCUCCCAAGGAUGGAGUGCUCAUCCAGGGGCUGUAUCUAGAGGGGGCAGGCUGGGAUAAGAAAGCCUCUUGUCUAGUGGAGGCAGAGCCCAUGCAGCUGGUCUGCCCUAUGCCCACCAUCCACUUCAAACCUGUGGAGAGCCGCAAGAGGGUCGCAAAGAAUAUGUACACCUGUCCCUGCUACUAUUACCCUGUGCGGUCUGGCGGAAGCGGCCGUCCAUCAUUUGUGGUGGCUGUCGAUCUGAAGUCGGGAGCUGUGCCGUAUGAUCACUGGAUUAAGAGAGGAACAGCUCUGCUCAUGAGUCUUGAUAACUAGACACAAAGUACACAUACAUACACCUUAAGGGUUGUUUUACUGCUUAUUAAAAGAAUUUCUAAUGUUACACAAUAAAACACUGGUUAGUUCUUUCACCAGUUAGAUUAAAUGUUAUUUAAAAAGAGAACACGAGCUGAAAAAAAAACACUGGGAUUUUUUACAUCUUAUAAACUUGAGCAACUGUGAAUAUAUUAAAAUGUUUUAAUGGAGAUGUUUAAUAAAGAACUAAAACAGCAUUUUCAUAUAAAUGUUCAUGUUCACAUGCAUCUGGUAUGACAGAUUUGUAGACAUAAA